AUGCUGGACUCUAAGAAAUUUUCAUCAGAAAAACAAUUAAACAUGUCUGAAACUUGGAAUUGGGCAAAUUAUGAUAUUCAUUUGAAUAAUAAUAAUAAUCAUAAUGGUAAUAAUGUCAGUAGUACAUUAACUCCACAAUGGAAUUCCAAUCUACCCGCAUAUAUAGAUCAGACAAUUUUGAAUAAUUCAUCUAUUAAUAUCAUUAAUCCAACUACUUUGUCAACUAUUAACAAUAAUGUAUUGAAUACUACUAUCACUACUACUAAUAAUCAUACAAAUUUGUACAAACCCGCAUAUUCAACUAAAUUGUAUCAUACAUAUCAGGGUGAUCUUGAACAGAAUAAAUGUUUAAAUGAUUUCCCCAAUACAAAUCAAAUACAUUUACCAUCAAUUGAAUCUGUUAGAAGAUUAACACAUCAUGAUAAUAAUCUCAAUCAUAUUUACAAUAACGAAUUAUACUCAACAUAUUUCUAUGAUAAUAAUAAUAAUCAUAAUCAACAUGAUCAUUUACAUAAAUCUGAAUAUAAUUUACCACAAAUUACUUAUCAUAAUAAUGAACAAUAUGAAAUAGAUUUACAAAAAUUACCUAAAAUUAAUUAUGAUAAUUAUUCUAUCAAUCAUGAAAGAAAUAAUACAAAUCAUAUUGAUCGAAUUAUUGAUUAUUUUCCAAUAAUCAAUACUGAUACGAAUUAUUUAGUAAGUUCAACACCAAAUUCAUUAAUUCAUUUUAAUCAAAUUGAUCAAUAUACCUUGGUAACAUGUAAUGAAGUGAAAGGAAAUGAUAACAGUUCCAAUAUAGGCCAUAACAACAAUAAUAAUAAUAAUAAUAAUGAUAUAAUUAAUGAAUCCAAAGAAAAUUCCAGUCUAACUAUUCAACAACAUUUAUGGGAUAUAAAAGAUUUGAAGUUACCAAAAGUUAAUUAUUAUGAUUCAUAUGAAUUAUGGCCAACUGGUCAUUGUAGACGUGUUUAUGCUCAAACAUGUGAACGUGCACGUCGACAUCAAAGUGGUUGGGCUAUGCGUAAUACAAAUAAUCAUAAUCCUCAAGUAUUAAAAAAAUCAUGUCUUGGUGUAUUAGAAUGUUCAAUGAAUUGUAUGGUACAAGGUAAACCAUUAAGUCUACGUCCAGCUAUAUGUGAUAAAGCAAGAAAAAAACAAUGUAAUCGUGAAUGUAUUACACCUGGUUGUAAAGGUCGUUUAAUUCUACGUAAUUGUCGUGGUCAUAGCGGUUAUCCUGUGACACAUUUUUGGCGUUUUGCUAAUGGUGCCGUUUAUUUUGAAGCAAAAGGUGAACAUGAUCAUAAUCGUCCAUCAUUGAAAACAUUCGGUUUAACUGAAUCUGAUACAGUUUUCACUAAUACUACCACAAAUACAAUAAAUUCUAAUGUUACAACAACAAUUACUCCUACUACUGUGGAUAAACUAGUUACAGGAAUAACAACACCAAUAUUACCGGAUAUUGAUAGAAAUUUGAAUCAUGUUACUAAUAAUAAUAACAAUAUUCAAUAUAUUCAUAGUCAAAAUCCUUAUCUUCAUGACCAGUUGCCACAACAACAAUCACAACCACAACAGGGAUGUCAGGACUAUCGAUUUCUUCCACAAUAUGAACAAUCAAUAAUCGAUCAACAGAAUUUCACAUUAUCAAAUGAAUUUUGUAAUUAUUAUAAUUAUCAAUCAUCAAAUCAUUCACAAUUAGAUAAUUCUCAUUUAUUAUCAUUAAAUAAAACGAAGCAUGUAAGUAAACGUGUUACAAAUAGAAAAGUAAUACGUCGUGAAAAAAAGUUAACAAAUACACAUUUAAAAAAACAACAGAAAUGUGAAAAUUAUUAUAAAAAAUUAUCGAAUGAAUCUAAUUGUACACCCGGUGAUAUAAAAAGAAAUCGAAAAAUUCAACAGAAUACAAGAUCAGAUCAAACUAACAAAUUUAAAAUUCCUAUUAAAACUAAUGAAAAUGAUAACGAACAAAUUUUCUGUGAUGAUCCAUAUCAUGGUGAUACAGUUCAUAAUUGUUAUGCAAUAAAUAUCACUAAUAAUAAUUCAUGGAAUAAUGAAAUAAUAAAUCAAAUUGAUUCAAGCUUGAAUCAAUCAAUGGAAAAAGAACAGUACAAUACUACUGAGAUGAAUACAAUGAAUCAUUCUUAUUAUUCUGAUCCACUUUUUACAACAACAACAACAUUAUCAUCAUCAUCUGCAUCAUCAGUAACCAUAACAACAAUGAAUCAACAUCAUUCAUCAUUACCAUUUUGGAAUUGUAUACAAGAUUUAGAUAGUUAUUUAUCAACUAAUCAUAAUUCAAGUAAUUAUAUGACAAAUACUAUGAUCUCUACCAUAUAUUCAUCACCUAAUUGGUCAUUAUCACCAUCUGUAUUAUCAAGUUCCUCUUUGUCAUCUUCAUCUACUUAUUCCAAUUGUACCACUUGUGCAUUAUCAUUAACAUCAUUGUCUUUAUGUUCUACAAAUGUAUCUACAUCAUUAAGUAAACAAAUCUUAUCAAAUCCUACUGAAGUUAUUCAAUGUAAUCCAUUAAGAGAAUCUUAUCAUCAGAUCACAUCUAAUCCAAAUGUAAACUGUAGUGAAUCAUAUUUUAUACAAUACAAUAAUUGUUCAUAUUUAGAUAAAUCUAAAAAUGUAUCAUCAUCAUAUAAUGAAUAUCCUCAAAGUGUAUAUAUCAAUUCAAUGUACCGUGAACAUGAAGAGAGUAAUCCAGUACAGUUUAAUGAUAAUGAUAUAAAUGAAGAAAUAUGUCAUUCUACACUACAACAACCAACUUAUAUAGAUGAUUAUCAUUAUCAUUAUUAUUAUUACUAUUAUUAUUCUAAUCCAUGUUUAUCAAUGUCAGAUCAAAUAGUUUUACAUGAUCCUAUCACUACUACUAGUACAAUUACUAAUAGUAGUAUUAAUGAUGUCAAUAAUGAUAAUAAUACUACUUAUUCUACAAAGUCUGUCAAUAAUUAUUCUAUGGAAAGUCUCAAUUCAAAUAAUCGACAACAUUAUCACGAACAACAACAACAACAGCAGCAGCAACCGACUGUUCAAUGGUCAAUGAAUGAUAUGAAUGAUCACCGGACAGAAGAGAGAUUGAAUGAAACUAUGGAAUUUAUGAAUCAGGAUGAAUACGAUAUUGAGAAAUCAUUUAAUUAUUAUCAUUUCAUGUUAAAUUCAAAUAUGCAUCAACCAAUUAAUAUGAAUUGUUCUAAUGAAUCAGAUAAAUAUGGAAUAGUUCAAGGAAUUAACGAUGUACAUGAAAAUGUUAAUGAAAACAGUUUACAUGAAGAAGAAGAAGAAGAUGAUGAUGAUGAUAACGAAGAAGAAGGAGAAGAACAAGUAGACGAUGCUCAUUACAACCAUCCACCUCCGCCUCAUCAUAAUCAUCAACACCAACAACAAAAUGACGAAUUCACUUUUAAUCAGAAUCUAUUAGAAGAAACAACCAACUGGUCCAAUCCGUAUUUACACAACUCUUCAUUAUUACCAUCAUCAUCAUCGUCAUCAUCAUCAUCAAAGGAACAAAUCGGUCAAUUUGAACCAGAUCUAACGAUAGACAAUGCUAAACAUCAUAAUUUCGAAGAAUGUUUACCUAGAACUAGUAAUAGUUCUAUUACUAUUACUACUACUACUAACAGUAAUACUACUUGUAGUAAUAAUAAUAAUGAUAAUGUUAGUACUACGGAUAAUAGUAAUGAUAAUGAUCAUAGUUUCCCCUGUGAAAUUCAUAACUACGAUAAUUCAUUCAAUUAUUUCAUUGUAAAUGAUGAACCGGUAACUAUGGCAACAAUUGAUCAUUUAUUGAUUAGUAAUUCACAUUUUUGA